GGACCUCGUCCUCCUGGCCCCGCCCCGCCCGGGUCGCGUGGGGCUCUAUAGGGAAUCGAGGGCGGCGACGUUGCGAGCUUGAGGUUUUUGCUUUCCCGCCGCUCUGGUUCAUCCCGGGCCGGCACUCAUCUUCCUCCCACUCCAGUGCGACAAUGUUUGUUCCCUACGGAGAGUCGGUCCCGGAUCUCGCGGGUUUCACCCUCUUGAUGCCAGCAGUAUCCGUUGGAAAUGUUGGCCAGCUUGCAAUAGAUCUGAUUAUUUCUACACUGAAUAUGUGUAAGAUUGGUUACUUCUAUACUGAUUGUCUUGUGCCAAUGGUUGGAAACAAUCCAUAUGCAACGUCAAAAGAAAAUUCAACAGAACUCAGUAUAAAUGCUGAAGGUGUGGAACACUAAAGCCCUAAUUAAUUUGCCCAACAUAUCUGGUAAGUGGCAGGUCUAGAAUUUGAAUACAGGUAUUCUGUCCUUGUUCCCAUGAUUCCAAACUGAUUCCUUUAUGAAAUGGAGAUAAUUAUAACUUCCUCAAGCAUUGUUGUAUGGUUGAAUCAUAAAAUAGGCAGACAUUGCUUAGCACAUAGUCACUUAAUAAAUGGAAUCAGUAAGAAGUAAUAGUAAUUUUUCCCUUUAUUACACAGUUUUACUUCACUGCUUUAGAUUAUUAAUAACAUGAUAUUACUAUCUUUCCAUCUCUUUGCCAUGGUGCUUCUGAAAAUCACUGUCUUCUACAGUAGGUUUUAGGAGCAGAUCAGAACAAAUCUCAUGUCCUGCAGACAAGGAUAGAGGGCAUGGUUUUUUAUGCAGCCUUGGUAUGAGGCACAAACUUGCAUUUGCCCAGAGUGGGUGUUCUAUGGCUCCUAAUUCUGUCCCCACAAACGCAAGAAUUUAUCUGGGGCAAAGAUAAUUAAGUGAUUUUAUGAUGGGGCAUCUGCUUGCCUAAUCAGAAGACUUAUUAUUAUUUUUUUAAUUU